GUGUACAGACCCUCGAUCACAUCAAAAGCCGUGUUCGCCUAUCGCCUUCUUUCGUUGGUGGCGUCAUCACCACAUCAAGUCCACGACUGUCAGCCGCUUGGCCCCAUAUUUACAAGACAACGGUUCGGUCUCCAUGCAGUUUAACCUCUGAUAACGUGCAGAGAACUGAGUUCAUCACGUUUUGGCUGUAACAUCGUUUUCUCGUUCACUGCGUACUACUGCGGCUGUAAACCGCUCCUCAAUGAAGUGAAGGAUAGCGAGUGGCUUUUACAACAAGCCUCCGUGCACAGCGAUGUCAGGCAAGAGGUGCUUGGUUGACAGACCAGAGCAGCUGAUGUCGAUGGAAAACUGUGUUUGAUGGAAAACGCUGUGGAGAGCCUUUGCUGAAAGAACGGAACACAGAAUGGCGAGAGGCGGCUUGGAAAAGAGGAACCCUGUCGGGAUAUGGGUGGAUAAAUGGUGGCCCAUUCUGGUUGUCAUGGCGACGGCGUUGUCCAUGAUUCUGCUGCACGGCAUUACCUUUACAUCCGGGGUGUUUUACGUGGAGUUUUUGGAAGAGUUCAAUCAGGGAAGGGGGGAGACAGCUUGGGUCGGCUCGCUUAUAGCAGCAUGCGGAUAUGCAGCGAGGUUCAGGAAGAUCCAGUUUUACGGCUGUCCCAAAUUCUUAACCAGUAAAGAUCAGGCCAAAGGCACUGCGAUGUUGUUGAAGGAAAUAUGGUGCCCGGUGUCCAGCAUUUUAGUGAACAAGUUCGGCUGCAGGCUUACCGUUGUACUGUCUGGGCUGAUCAUGGCGGCUGGUCUCUGCACCAGCGUGUUUGCACAAAACGUCUACUUACUUUUCUUUACCUACGGGGUUGUGACAGGUGAGAGAUCAGACUCUCGGGUCCGAUCACGUGGUAUCUCGGCUGAGCUUGUUAAACAUCUAGCAUUUACCCGGCUCCUCCCCCCCACCACACAUACACACAAGUCACCCAACCAGCACCACUUGAGCUUUGCUCCUAAGACACAUUUGUUUGUUCAUAAGACACAUUUCUCGUUUAGGCGCUUUGCUCGCAUCGGCUGUGGCUUUAUCUAUGUUCCUGCUAAUGUGAUUGUGGCGCGCUACUUCUUCAAGCGGAGGACGAUAGCGCUGGGCAUCGCCACGGGGUGCGGAGGCCUGGGCAGCUUCGCUUUUCCUCCACUUUUGCGCUAUCUCUUGGAUGAGUUCGGUUGGCGUGGGACUCUUUUGAUUUGCGGAGGGAUAUGUCUGAACGUGUGCGUCGCCGGCGCCAUUAUGCGUCCGCCGUCGAAAGAAGAUCUCAGCAAUGAAAACGUGAAAGAGGAAACAGACGACAGGAAGUGCGAGAAAAGGACAGAUAAAGGCCGGGAUGUUCUCAUCUUUAAAAACCUCUCCUACCACUUCAUCUGCAUCAACAACAGUCUGUUCUGCUUCGCAUCGUCCAUCGUUUACGUCCACCUGUCAGCAUUCGCCAUCGGGAAGCUUCACGUCACAGAAUCUCAGGCAACUAACUUGAUCUCUGUCAUUGGAAUAGCCACAUUUGUCGGACGCUUGGCGUUCGGAUUUCUCGCCCAACAUCCGAGGCUAAAACCCAUCUACAUCUACACCUUCACGUUCACGGUGGCGGGCCUGGCAACCUGUUUAGUGCCAUUCAUGACGAACUAUGAACAAAUUCUAGUCUACUGCGUGGUGUUUGGUUUGAGUUUUGCAGCACUGGGCGGAGCCUUGUUACCAUGCAUACUCAUUGACAUAGCCGGCUUGGACCGGCUGUCCUUCUCCUAUGGGGUACUCAUAUUCUACGAAGCGGUGGGUCAAAUAUUGGGAGCCCCUGUGGCAGGUUUUCUAUACGACGGCUUCCAGUCAUACGACCCCUCCUUUUUCCUGGGCGGCUUCAUGGUUCUUCUGAGCGCCGCCAUUUUGCUGCUGCCCAUCAGGAAAACGUGCAACAACUCUCUGGUCAAUUCCGACGACAUCCUCUCAAAAAUCUCCCUCACCUUGGAAGAGACGGAAGAAGAAGUUGUCGUUACACAACCCAAAGUAUCGAGUGUGUGAAGCCCCAACCAACGUUUUUGUAAACGGAAUUCCGAUCUCAUACCUUAUAUCACUGACGUUUAUCUUAUCAGGAACUUGUCUGAUCUAUCUGGAUGAGAUUCACUGCCAACCAUUGUACCGUCGGUGCCAAACCCGUCCUGUUUGUUUGUGUACUCGUGAGAUUAGAUACCGACCACCAAGGCAGGAUUCAACGGAUAGCGUUUUUGAUAUUUUCUAGGCCUCUACACAUAGACAUUCCUUCUGUUGAUGUCUAGUUUACGAAUGUCUGUUUUGACGCCUACAUUCUACAAGAUUUUGGUGGGUUGUCUGGAGAUUGUUCAUUGCUUACCUGUGGAACUCAGCGGAAUGAAACUGUAUCCCCAGUAAAUCUGCUCCUUAACGGAAGCUACCGGAAAUAGUAUUGGCAUCAUUGUAUCUAGGAGCCUGCCAUUGGAGUUUUAAAAUCCCGUUUUCUACGAAUUAAAGGCAGCCGAUGAAUAUCCGAAAACCUGACAUCGUAUACCUUCAGGAUUUGUAAUCGUAAAAGAAUUGUCAUUAUGCCUGGCAAUUUCAGGGUUUGACAUGUUUUCUAUCUAGAGAACUUAAAUCGUUUAGCUGCCUUAGAAUUGGUAGCCUAGACGUUUACCAAGAAUGUGUUGCCUGUGUUGUGUGAAUGUUUGCCAGGAUUGUGUAAAUAUUUGCAUGGGUUGUCUGAAUAAUUUGUUGAAAUCUGAAGUCUAUGUACGAAAAAAUAUCGAUCACCAGCAUUUGUGUUUGGCUUGGUUGGAUCAUUUGCUAGCCACAUAAACUUCUGUGUGCUAGGAAGGAACAAUCUAACGUUUAUUGGAAUCCCCGAUGCUGGAUGCCUUCUGAGCUUGUGUCUGCAUGAGUGGCCUGCAGCGAAAUGUGAAUUCACCUAUACAGCACAUUGUUCCGUUAUCGACAAGAUGACAUAAAUUGCUGACGUACAGGUUGUGGACAUGAGCGAAUUCGAGACAUAAGUGGAGUAUGGACAGUAUGUCCACUUAUAUAUGUUGUGGAUGUUUACGAAGGUCUCAUGAGGCGCGUUAGUCUUGCUAUCUUGGAAUCAUCAACAUGUUUUCGAUAAUAAACAUUAUGUAUAUCUGUUGUUGCCAAACACGUUUUGGAUUUGUGCCAAGUUCUCAGAAGGCGUGCUAACAUUGCUAUCUUCGAGCUAUGCGCUUUAGAACAGGUUAGAUAUCUCUUGUUGCAGAACACGAUGUUGAUGUUUGCAAUGAUAUCGUCAGGUGUUUUUCAGCCUUGUCAGCCUUCUGUGUAUGGAACUGUAUGCUUUAAGUAUGCACGUUAUAUUUUGUUCUUCACGUUCUUCACGGGCUUAGCACCGUGCUACAUGCUAUUCAGUUACACGAACAUAUAAAUUGUGACAACAUCCAAUGUCUUCAAUGAUUUUCCUACAUUCACUGACCAAUUCAUCCAGUGUUGUGGCAGCUCAGCCUGAAGUAGUAAUCCAGAAGUGAGAUGUCUAUUAACACUCGUCAUAAAAAGGCUGGUGGAGAAAGUGAUAUAAAGACGUGUGGACGUUGCAUGUCACGUUCCAUCAGACGUCUGUACGCUGUGUGUCGCUCUUUAUCGAAGGUGUGGACGCUGUAUAUCAGCCUUUAUGGAACGUGUGGACGCUGUAUAUCAGCCUUUAUGGAACGUGUGGACGCUCUAUGUCAUGUUUUAUCAAGGUUGUCGAAAAUUAAUGUCAGCUUUUAUCGAGCGUGUAGACGGUGUUUAUCAGCCUUUAUCAAAUCUGUGGACGCUGUGAGUCAGGUUUCAACAAAGUUGUGAACGUUGUAUAUCAGCCUUUUUCGAACGUGUGGACGCUGUAUAUCAGCCUUUUUCGAACGUGUGGACGCUGUAUAUCAGCCUUUUUCGAACGUGUGGACGCUGUAUAUCAGCCUUUUUCGAACGUGUGGACACUGUACAUCAGCCUUUAUCGAACGUGCGGACGCUGUUUAUCAGGCAUUAUCAAAUGUGUGGGAAUUUUUGACGGAUUUGUGAAGUUUCCUGUUUUCAUUAUCUCUUGCGACUUGGAGUUAGCCUUGUUUUCACAAGGACAAGAUAUCAGGAAUCGGUUAUCUACACUCUCAACUUGAAGACCUCACUUAUCAGACACAGUAUUAUCGCGCAAUUUCCCUCGACCGGGAACAUGUCUUCGUCAGAUCCCUCGGGAUAACGCCUUUGUAAAAUCCCUAAACUGUUUAACAUGAGAGAUAAUCACUUAGUUUUAAUUUCCUGGGUAAACCAUUAACACAUCUUCAACAAAACUAUGCAACUGUUGGAUCCGGCAAGACGAAUUUUUCCCACCGGAAAACCAGAAGAACGAAACCGUUGCCUUUUUCUGCCAGGUGAAAAUAUGGCAGAUGCAAGAUUAUCUGCUGGGUAGAUUAUGGAUUAUCUUGUACAAACCACGGGUCAGUCAUUUCACGCCGUGUCACAAUAUCCUUGUUAAAGGUGGAGAAAACAUAAAAACUACAUCACGUUCAGAUGAAAGAAUGCGAAAAGUUAGUUGUAAAUGUGAUCUUCAAUAAUUUUUUCGAUUUUUCUUUAAACAGGAAAGGACGCUUUUUUAAAAUAAUUUUUGUACGGUGGGUAUUUAGGACUACCUCUGGUAUAUAUUGUUUUUGCGUCAUAUUGUUAUAAAUGAGGAUGUAACAAAUUACAAAUUGAGGAUGUUGAAUAAAUAUAUCUGCACUAGAAUUUGUUCUUUUCAUCUAGCAAAUGUGUUCGACUUGGAUUUUGAUCAUUUUUAUAUUUUUAUUGUAUUCAUAAAUGUUGUCAUAAUUCAGAUUAAAUGCAUAUGUUUGGAUAUUAACAACAAAUUUACUUUCAAAUAAAUUUGUUAGACAUGCAUCCCAAAAACCCACCAUAAAAAAAUUUCAAAUACCCUCUUCUCCUGCAAACAAAAAUCGAAAAGAAUAUUGAAGAUCAUAUUUACAGAUAAGUUUGACGCCCUUUUAUCCGAUUUAGACAUCAUUUAUAUGUUUUUUUCUCCUUUAAGAUAAAAUCGCAAUGGCAGGCCAAUACAAUUCAGAAAAGUUUAUUAUUGCAAUGUGUUUUUAGUGAAUAUUUGCUGAGUCCCUUGUGAAUAUUUGUCUGGGCUCAUGUGGAUAUUUGUCUGGGACCGUGUGGAUGUUUGUCUGGGACCGUGUGGAUGUUUGUCUGGGACCGCGUGGAUAUUUGGCUGGCCCCGUGUGGAUAUUUGUCUGGGCCCGUGUAGAUAUUUGACUCUGCCCGUGUGGAUAUUUGGCUGGGAAAGUGUGGAUAUUUGUCUGGACCCGUGUAAAUAUUUGACUGGGCCCGUGUGGAUAUUUGGCUGGGAAAGUGUGGAUAUUUUCUGGGCCCGUGUAGAUAUUUGACUGGGCCCGUGUGGAUAUUUGGCUGGGAAAGUGUGGAUAUUUUCUGGGCCCUUGUAGAACAUUGGCUGAGCCCGUGUGGAAUCUGAAGUUGUUUUCAGCGGUCCAAAUUUACCUUGCAUUGAAUUUAACGGCAUUUACCCAACGUUAAGCUAUUAAUUGUUGUUCUAAAUGGAUUAUGCUUACAAGUUGAACUUGCACCUUUUAAGUAAAGGUCUCUAAUGUCUUGGACACAACGACGUUUAAGAACAUACUUUAGAAAAUUCACGGAAGUUAUGGUAAACAAUAUUUGCUUUGUACCUCGUUUUUCUCACCUAAAUAAUGGAAAGCGACAUUUUAAUUGUGUCAUAUUUUUUUUUAAUCUCAGGUGAAUUCAAAGCAGUUGUGAUACCAUGACAUCUGGUGUGACGUCAUAUUGUUUACUUGAUCAUAAGCGGUCGGAAAUCAUGUUCUUCACAUUGUUUAUAACUCAGUAUCUGAGUGGCCAACCUUCAAUAUGUACAAAUUUGUUACAUAUGUAUAUAUAUGUUUGUAUAUACACAGAUUUUUAUUUCAAAAAUAGUAUCAAUUGUAUCAGUUUUGAAAUCGUACGCUUUCAUACUUAGAAACCCACUUCUAAUAGAUAUGCAUUAAGUAGAUUACUCUUAGCAUUAAUUAUAUUUUUCUCUUAAUAUACGCAUAAACCCAUCUUUUCAUGGGCAAAAAAGUGUCAGUAUUAUGUAUUGCUGCUUAAACAAGCUAUUAUAAUGAUAACUUUUAUCAAAAGUAAAUAAACUGUGAAUACAUUGCUAUAUGCACAGUUGCUGUAAGGUAGUAUACGGUGGAUAUAGUGAUAACUGCUGGAUGUAAAACGGAAAGAGGAUGAGAACGUCCAUAGGAAAGGAUACGGAUUUUGUCCCAGAAAGUUCAAACGGAAUUGGAACGGAAUUGUAGAAAUAACGAAAUACUGCUGAUUAACGAGGUUAUACGGAGAAAUAUUUCAGAAUAACGAGGUAGUUACGAAAUUCAGUGUAUUGCAUAGAAGAUAAAGAAUACCAUAAACGGAGAAGGUCCUCUCCACGGAAUAUAUCAAAAUGACGUAAUAGCUACAUUACUGUAGUGCUUGUGUAUAAUAUAGAGUGACGCGAAAAGGACAGAUUAAACUGGAAGUUCCUUUCCAUUUCAGACCAACGAGGUAGUGGCUUGAACGCACCAAAACUCUUCCUUUAAACCCUUUCCCUGAGUGAUUGUAUUUUCCUCAAUAUAGGAGAUUGUAUAAUCCGCUCCUGAUAACGUAUUAGUCCAUUAGAACGACGAAAACGCAAUCCGUUGCAACUCAGAGAACGGAUAUGACGGAAUAGUUUUGAGGGUUCAUUUUAAGCGACAGUUUAAACAGAAAAGUUUCUAUGCACGGAAUGUUCCAUAAUAAGAAGAGUCUAGGUAUAGUCUGCAAGUGAAACAUACCGGAAGUCCAUGAAUUGCGCAACUCUGUAGUGGAUACUGUAAAUGGAGACAAUCUUCACUUCGGUGAAAAUAUUAUUGUAAACUUUCAAAUAUGGUUUCCAGUGCUCUCUCAUGUUUACAUUAGCUGACGAAA